AUGGAAGAUAUUACCGAUGGUGCAUGGGGCCAACUUGUCAGUGUCACGGAUGUUGACAGUCCCCAUUUCCCUUUAAUAGAAAACAGAUUUACUGUUGGACGAGCGAAAGAUUGUGACAUAUCGCUGACUAGUAACAAGCUUGUAUCAGGCAGACACUGCCAUAUUGAAAGGGAUGCUGAAGGGAGAGUCUGGCUCUGUGACACAAGUACAAAUGGAACAUUGCUGAACACGAGUGAGAAAAUUACAAAAGGAAAUAGGAAGGAGUUAACACACGGAGAUGAGUUCUUUGUUGUCUACAAAAAAGAUGAAGAGGACAUCAAUGUUGGCUAUAUGUACCAGAAUCUUGAGGAGUUACAGAAGGAAAUGGAUGCCACCCAGGACUACAGUUUAGAAUUGGAAAUGGAAGCCACCCUCGUAGAUGAUUCUGUAAACAUAGCAGAGGAAGAUGACUGUAGCAAGACUAGUAAGAGGUCGGCUGAAAAUACAUCUACAUGUGAGCCACUGACGAAACGUUUAAAAACAGACGAUGGUGAGCAGGGUCCUUCUAGUGUUCCAGCUGAAGAUGGCAAGGGAAAGAUAACUCUGGAGAAUAAAGAUGAUGUGGGGAAAUCAUCUAUCAAGGAGAAAGAGGAUCAGGGAAAGACAACCCCUGAAGUCAAAGAUGGUCAGAAAGAGACAACCUCAGAGGAUAAAAAGGAUUGUUGUAAUAAGCCUGGCAUGGCUGCCACAAGUGGUUCCUGUGUGGAUGGCCCGGAUGAGAUAGAGGAAGCUCUCAUCUGUACAAUAUGUCAAGAACUUCUACAUGACUGCAUCAGUCUGCAGCCUUGUAUGCACUCCUUCUGUGCUGGUUGUUACUCGGAUUGGAUGGAGAAGUCAAACGAAUGUCCUACAUGUCGUAUGAAGGUGGAAAGAAUCAACAAGAAUCAUAUUGUCAAUAAUCUCAUGGAAGCUUACCUAAAGGAAAAUCCUAAUAAAAAGAGAGAUGAAGAAGACCUGAAAGAAUUAGACGCCAAGAACAAAAUAUCAAGAGAUAUGUUAUAUCCAGGAAGUAAACAUAGGAUGGACAGCUCUGAUAGUUCUGAAUCAGAUAGUUCAGACUCGGGUAGUCCACCACCAGAUCAUGUCCCAUUCCAGUUCAAUGCUCCUCCUCCCCUCCUUGGUUUUGGUACACCUGUGUUUGGAACUGUCAGACCAGCCAGGACGUUAUGCAGACAAUGCCCAGAUUACAAUGAGGUGACCAUUCCCUGUACAGAUCUUGCAGCCACCACCACCGGUACAACAGGCAUCCUCGGGGCCAUAGGGCAAUUUGCCAUGAAUGUCCUUGGAAAACCAAAUCCGCCAGAAUCCAGUACAUCUGAGGGCUCUACAGAUAGUGAGGGUACCCUCCCUGAAGGAGAUGAAGAAAGGCCGGGUCCCAGUGGGGAACAACCCGAUCCAGAUGUGAAGGUGAUGCCUACAGCCCCUGACUACAGGUGUAAACAGAACCAAACCCAUGUCCUGUGUCAGUGCUGUCUACAACCCAUGCCAGACAGGAGACCCCAGUACCUGGCUGACCCCACAACAAUUCCCCCACAACAAUGUGCACUGUGCUACAGGGCCUACUGCCAUGCCUACUGGGGUUGUAAGAAGGUUGACUGUAUGGGUUGCAUUGGAAAGUUCAGAGAUAUCAGAUUUGGGAAGAAGUGUCUAUCCGCUAUCAUCCUUGAAAACCAGUUUGAAUCACAAGUUUUGAAAAACUAUUUGGAAAAGAAGAAUUUAAGUGUGAAGUAUGUACUUGACCAGUGCCUUGCUAAAGUGGAUACAGGAGUGUUUUCCUUUAGAGAUCCCACUACAAUCCAAAUAAAUGGUGGCACUCCAAUAUGUUAUGCUUGUGCACUACGGAAGUUUAAAGACCUAGCCUAUCAGUACAGGUUCAGUAUUCCAAGGAAUGAUUUACCUGCUGAAGUGACAUCAAGGCCUGAUUGUCAUUGGGGGAAAAACUGUCGAACACAGCGCCACAACAUCAACCAUGCACAGAGAUUUAAUCACAUCUGUGACCAAAUAAGGCUGACAUGAUGUCUUGGAUAAGUCUUACAAGUGUGUUUACCAACAACUUUUGGCAGUAGGAUAAUUGAUGAGGAAUACAGACAAAUAGUUCUGGAUGUAAUGUAGAACUAGGGUGCCAGGAUUAUCUUUUUGUAAAGAAAGUGAGACAUAAAUUCCUCUCUGAGCAUGACUGAAUUAAAAUAUUGUUAAUGAUAAAUGAUGAAAAAAUGAUAAGCAGUUGUUUUAUUUGUUUUUUUGUUGGAAUAUUAUAUCUACUAGUAACGCAUUUUCAAGAUAGAAAAACGUGCAUGUGUAUACAUGUACCUUAUCAUCUUAUCAUUGACAUUGCUGUCAAAACGGGGAACUUUACAUUCACGAAACUAAUGUUUAUGUUCUUUUGAAAUUAGAUUUCAUGUUAAUCAUUACAAACAAAUGAAGAUGCAUUUUGUAUUUGAGUUUGAAAAGUAGUAAAAGUAUAUGAAAAUUAUGGAUACCCUUAGCAUCGCUGGCGAGACCUAGAAGGACGAAAUAAUUGUAUAAUAUAGUUUAAUUCAUCAUUUUGUACUACUGUAACUACAUUUCCAUUAAAAGAUGUUAUCUAUUUGUGUGUCUUGUACAAUCUGACAGUGAUACACAGCACUUCAUUGUGAUACGUUAUAUGAUGUAUACAUAUCAAUUGUUGUUAACUAAACCGUCUGUUUAUGUCAACAAUUCAUCUUUAUUAUAUAUUUGGUUAUUAGUUGCCAGGUUACAAGUUUUUCGUCUCCGUGACUCUUCUUACUACUAGCCGUUGUCUCACCCACGAACGUCAGUGUUCUGACGAGGUGUGUGGGCGACCUGUAUCCACCUCAUUAGGUCCAUCUGUCUAUCUAGGUGUGUGUGAUGUUUAGUUUUAUACAGGUUCUUUAUUUCAUCCCUCCUUGUGUAGGCUAAUUUAAGUGAAUUACAUAAAUACUUUAGGUUUCACUAGUUCCUGGCUAUAUUCUUUUUUUUUUUUUUUUUUUGUGGACAGUUUGUUUCUCAUUAAGUUUCAUGGAUAGGUGAAUUGCUAUCGAUAUUGAGGUUGAUUGUGAAUUAAAAGCUGGUGACAGUACCACGAGCCCUUUUCUUUCUGAUAAAGGUAAGAUCAUGUUAUUUGUUACACUAUUAAUUGUUUGAUGUUUUUGUACAAGUUUACGUAUGAUAUUAAUUGUUUGAGCGUCGUUAAAUGAUGUCAUAUACAUUGCAGACUACAUCAUGACGUCAUAGAUUAACAUGCUUUCUGAAGUAGUUCGAAAAACCUCGUGAUUAGAGGAUCUGAAAUUCAUGUCAUUUCAUAGAAUUUAUAAAACGAGUCUCGAUCCAAGUGCUGAGGAAUAAAAACAGAAAGCUGUACAAACCUCAUACCACUUGGAUAUUUAUCAUUCGUUUCGUAAAUCUGUAAUCUGAAAUGGAAGUGAAUUUAAAUCCGAAAAAUGUUGAUGUAGACAAUAAUAUAUUUGCAGAUCUAUUGAUUUUGUUGUGAUUAGUUUCAUUAUUACGAAACACUUUAAAGGGUAUUUAUUGU